GCGCUUUAUAGACCAAGUGCGAAGUCUCUCGAUUAAGAAACAAAAUGAUCUUGAAUGUUGUUCAAGAUAUGUUUUUCCAGACCCCCCAAAAUAGCAUUUUAUGGUAGAAAGUUAGGAAUCAUUGCCAACCUAAUUAGAAAUCAAAAGAAAUGGGACGGUCAAGCAAAGACAAGCGGGAUGUUUACUACAGACUGGCUAAAGAAGAGGGUUGGAGAGCGAGGAGUGCGUUCAAACUACUGCAAAUAAAUGAAGAUUAUAGUUUAUUUAAUGGUGUGAACAAAGUUGUAGAUUUAUGUGCAGCUCCAGGAAGUUGGAGUCAAGUUUUGGCAAAGAAGCUAAUAGAAGAGAAAGACAAACCAGAAGAUGUUAAAAUUGUAGCUGUAGAUCUGCAGGCUAUGGCACCAAUCACUGGUGUCAUUCAAAUUCAAGGGGACAUAACCAAGAAAUCAACAGCUCAGAAAAUAAUAUCCCAUUUUGAAGGUGAUUACGCAGACCUUGUGGUCUGUGAUGGAGCUCCUGAUGUGACAGGGUUACAUGAUAUAGAUGAGUAUAUACAGGCUCAAUUAUUACUAGCAGCCCUAAAUAUAACAACACAUUGUCUGAAGAAAGGUGGAAACUUUGUUGCAAAGAUUUUUAGAGGAAAAGAUGUCACAUUACUAUAUUCACAACUGAAAAUAUUCUUCCCACUGGUCUCAAUCUUUAAACCAAGAAGUAGCAGAAAUUCUAGCAUAGAGGCCUUUGUUGUGUGUCAGAAUUAUUGUCCACCAGAUGGCUAUGUACCCAACAUGUCUAAUCCACUGUUAGAUCAUCAAUAUGAUGUGGACUUUAACAAUUUAGAAGGACCUAACAGAAUAAUUGUACCAUUCUUAGCUUGUGGAGAUCUGAGUGGAUUUGAUUCAGAUCGUACAUAUCCCCUAGAGCUUGAACCUGGUAAAGAAUAUGUGUAUCAUCCCCCAACACAAAGUCCAAUUCAUCCUCCCUAUGAGGAGGCAUGUAAACUGAAAAAGAGUGAUCAGCUAUCUAAACCAUCAGAUGGGGAACAUUUGAGGGACAUUGGAGCAGCAAAUCAAAGAGGCACUACAGGGGUGACAGGCAGUGGUGAUGUGAAAGACAAUCAAGUGACUCCUGAUAUUGGUGUAGACAAUGAAUCAAAGAGUCAUCUUUGUAGUGAUUUGAAUAAUUUAACAUUAAAAGGAGAUAAAAUAAGAACAGUGAUUGCAGAUGAUAUUUACAUGGAGAAAAAUUAUAUCAGUAAUGGUUAAAAAUAAAAGAA